CACUAAAGCUCAACCGGCUGUCCGUCUCCUUUGCCUUGAUAAGAAUUAAAUUAAUGCUGAGAGCUAAUUGUCUAGUGUUGUCGUUUAGACUAUUAAAUCUUUCACACAACAAUAUUCUUUCACCAUUGAGCCAAAUUCUCAAAUAAAUUUGUGAUUUUAAGCAAAAACUCGGGCAACUAUCUAUGUUAGUCUCAGUUCGCUUAAUUAAGAUCGCUAUUACUCGCAUUUAUUCAUAUACCAAUAAAUAAUGUCACACUCGCAUCUACCUGCCUUCCGAAUAAAUCUCACAGUAAACAGUAACUCACCAUCCAGUAUGUUUAGCUAAAUAAUGUCAUACUGUUUUCUCUUUAGUUUUCGUGCAUGGGUAUAACGUUCCUUUUCAUGAUAAAUUAAUACAGUGAAAACCUACCACAGGUGGAAUAAGUCAUUUUUAAGCUAUUUAGUUAUGAAGAACCCAUGCAUAAAACCAAAACGUCUGAAGAUACGAUUCACAGUUUCUUACGAAACUUUAAUCACUUUUCCAGUGAAUUGUCACUGGAAACGUACACAUCAACACAUUGAAAAGGUUGCUUUUAACAUUUCAGAAACAUCCACCUCGCCGACAACUUCGUCAGCGACUCUAUCAUCAGAACCACGUAAGUUGUUUUGCGUGUGUGCGUUUUUCUAACGAAGAAAUUCCGUCCAAUAUUUCUACAAACGUCAACCUCUCCGAAAAUCUCGUGAAUUUGCGGUACCGAUAAAGUAUCGAAAGAGCUACAGGUUAGGAAUCGUACAUUUCAGUUCUUGGACACGGCUACCGUGAUUCGCAAUCACUCUAUGGCGCUUGAUGUACGGAGCUUCUGUUCUGCUUAUUUGUGUGGCUGUCAGGACCUAAUAAUAUUACGGUUAAGAUAGCGAACGACUGUUAUUUCUUUUGGUUUGUUACAGCACACCAACAAAGCGCCAGUAGUAAUGCCACUAGAUUAAAUGAAACGAUUUUAGCAUGUAUAGUAGCACGUAUUUAUGCACUAGAAAAUACGUAUUUCUACAUCAUAUCUGUAUCUGUGCACAUGUGCCAGCCCAGAAUUGUAAACUUCUAAAAGUUUAUUAGCAUGCUAUAUUUCUGUUCGGUUAAAAUCUGCCAGAGUUACGGUUGUGCUUGUAGCUUCGAAAGUACUGAAAUAUCUUGUAUAUAUUGAGCUCUAUUAACUGAAUCCAUUUUAGGGCCAUCAACAUCUGCAGAUCUGCCUACCACAUUUGUGCCGAUCACAUCUAUGCCUGUGACAUCUAUAUCUGCGACAUCUGCCGUUGCAAUAUCUGUACCUACGACAUCUGUGCGCACGACAUCUGCGGCUGCAACAUCUACACCUGCGACAUAUGUGCCCACGACAGCUGCGGCUGCAACAUCUGUACCUGCAACAACUUUACCCACGUCAUCUGUGCCCACGACAUCUGCGGCUGCAACGUCUGUGCCUUCGACAUCUGUGCCUUCGACAUCGGUACCUACGACAUCUGUGCUCACGACAUCUGCGGCUGUAACAUCUGUGCCUACGACACCCGUACCUACGACACAUGUGCCCACGACAUCUGUGCUCACGACAUCCGUACCUACGACACAUGUGCCCACGACAUCUGUGCUCACGACAUCUGCGCCUGCAACAUCUGUGCCUGCGACAUCGGUACCUGCGACAUCGGUACCAACGACAUCUGUGCUCACGACAUCUGCGGCUGCAACAUCUGCGACUGCGAUAGCACAAAGCGCCAGUAGUGAUACCACUGUAUUAAGCGGGACGACUCCAGCAUCUACAGUAACAGGUAAUUAUGCACCGCAAAAUACAUAUUUCUAUGCCAAAGCUGUAUUGGUGGAAACGUGUAGGCUGAAAACUAUGUAUUCGGGUGGUGAUGCUGAUCUUAGUGUAUUAUUAGCUAAAGUGGAGAUUAGACAGUGUGCAACAUCAACUUUAACGACAUCAACAGUAACUUCAAAGUGUGGUUAUUUGGGUCUAAUAAAUGUUACAUUUGACGAUUUACCAUCAAUAACGCUUAAUGCACCACUCCCGUCGUCCGCUUAUAGCAAUUUGAUAUGGACGAAUGCGCACUAUAUUUACCGCGGUUGUCUUCUAUGUCCCAGCCUUGGAUAUCCGAUACUUUGCACAUCGGGUGAUUACGUGGGCUAUUUUCAAGGUAAUCAAAUGUUAACCAUUCAACCAAAGUCGGGUUGUACAACAUUUACAUUUAUUUCUGUGUUGAUGAUUGCUUCAAGAAGAAACGAAGUAACAUUGAUUGAAGGUUAUUAUAACAACACACGACUAUAUAAUCAAAACGAACGUUCAUUUAGUACGUUUGCCUUAGGCAGAAACGAGGCUGAACGAAGGCAAAGGUGCUAUUAG